AUGAGCUCAGAUUCGGGAGAGAGCCACUCUAGCGCUCACAAUGAUCACGGAGAUGAGAUAGAUGUCGCACAAGGCGAUGAGCUUCAUUCGAUAGACGAGAAUCCGAUAGUCGAAGCGCCAGAGGGCUUGACAUUUGCCAGGACCAAAAGUAUCCCGCAAGAAGAUGCGCCCGGGUCCCCGUCAGAAUUAUCUCUAAGACCAAAGGCCGAGCGAGCAGAGAGCCAUGCUUCGACAGACAUUCCCGAUGAUACCCCAUCAAUACAGGGUUCAGCCAUUUCCUCCCCCACGAGCAGCGUACCUGUCUCGCAUAGCUCCCUCAGACCACACCGUCCAGCAUCGUUACAACCCUUCGAGCGCCGCUUCUCCUCGCGCCUAUCACCCUCUCCACUAGCAUCCCCUCGAGGACACUCACCAGCCUUCCUUUCCCCGCGCUCGCGACAAUCUUCUGUGUCAAGUCACUUGGUAUUCCAUCAAUUAUCAGACGAUGGUUCUGAGCCUCCCCAAGCGCCAUGGGAAGUGGUGCGGUGGACUAAGCUGAAGAAGAUUACCGGCCAGGUCUUCUCAGAAGUCGGCAAGCGCAAUUUUGGCCGGCCGACUUGUCUCAACGUCACUGUCUCACUGUCCAUUGGAACCUCAAAGGGCUUCAUCCUCGUCUUCGACUACCAGCAGGUACUAAAGUCUAUCAUUGGACCCGGAACUAAGGCGGUCGAGUGCGGGCCCAUCACUUCGCUAGCCAUAUCUGCAGAUCACACUACCAUAGCUGGCGGCCAUGCGACAGGUCACAUUUUUACCUGGGAGUUGGCGAAGCCGGCCAAGCCCUUUCUCCACAUCCCGCCGCUGGACAGAGCAGCGCUAGAGGACAACAAGUCGGACGGUCACGUGUCAGGCGUCGGAAUCAUGCAUCUGGGUUUCCUGGGAACGCGCCACACGGCACUCGUAUCUGCUGAUGAUGCAGGAAUGGCCUUUUCUCACCUUGCCACUCGCGGUCUAGGAGCCAUUGCGCGAACGGUCAAGACCAAUCGCAUCUUGGGCAGGUAUCCGCUGCCGGUCAAGUCCAUGGAGAAACCGAGAAAGCCAAGUUCUGUGCUCGCAUUCGCUGCAUUGCCUCUAGGAAAUGUGGAACAGCCUACCGAUGGUAUGGGACUGACUGCCCUCUUGACACCAUACCUGCUGGUCGUCGUAUCAACUACACCGGUCGCUCAGACACAACACAAGGCACCACGCCCAAAGGACGUGGUUGCUCACAGCGCGCUAAGCGGAUGUCUGGCUUGGUUUCCAGCAGUCAAGUUGAAGAGUCCGUCUAGUGACGCUGGGUCUGCAGUUUCCAAGACGAAGCUGGUAUACUGCUGGUCCAAUGUCCUCACUAUACUAGACAUUGAUUACGUAGAUGCGCCGCCGGCGGAGAAAGAGAAACCCACCGAGUUGCACUUUAAACCACGAAGUCGGUGGAAAGCGGAAGAGGCUAUAGUCGCGGUACAGUGGCUCAGUAGGUCUGUGCUUGGUGUCCUAACCAUUAGCCAACGCCUGAUGAUUCUCGAGGACAAUACGCUACGCGUGACCGACUCGUUUGACUUGCUGCAGAAACACAUCUACCACGCAGACUUGUUCUCGCGACAGCUCAAACCUGUCGUCGAGCAGUUGAACGAGGAUGACUCAUCCAUGCAUGGCGUUGUGGCCGACGCAUUCUACAUGAGUUUUCGAGCCUACAAAGGACGUAUGUUCUUGCUCGGCUUCAAUGACUGCUCCAUUGGUACCCUUUCGAACUGGGCAGAUCGGUUGCUGGCAUUGAUGGAAGAUGGUGACUACAUAGCCGCUCUUGGUCUUGCCACUUCCUACUAUCUUGGUAACGCAGACAAGCUCACCGUCGGAUUACCUGACAACGAUGCAGCACGACAUGCGCUUGUACAGCCUAAACUCUUAGAGAUGAUAACGGCGUCGCUCAAAUACGCCUUCGCGCGUCAUGAGGACGACGAUGAGGCCAGAGAGCAGCGACUGAAAGAACUCGCCGAGGUAGUCUUUACGGGACUACUUAGCAUGGGCGAGCAUGACGUCUUGUUCGGAGAAACAUACGAUGCAUUCGAGGAAGCGUCUGCGGAGAAGGCCUUCUUCGAAACACUUGAGCCCUACAUCCAAGAAGACCAGAUCACAGCCGUACCACCCAAUGUCCUCAAAGACCUCAUUACAUUUUACGCCUCAGCAAACCGAUCUACUCGGCUUGAAGAGAUGAUCUGCCGACUUAGCACAGAUACCAUGGAUCUCAAUCAGGUCACGAUGCUCUGUCAGCAGUACGUUCUCUACGAUGCGCUGAUAUACGUCUGGACACGAGCCAUUGGGGACUACAUCACACCACUUACCAAUAUCCUGGAACUGAUCAAGCUCGUCGACUUUGAAGUGGACGAGUCGGAAAACAUUUACCUCUCUGCAGCGAAGAAAAUCUUUCCGUAUCUUGCAUAUACCUUCACUGGACGGGUAUAUCCCGGAGGUACCUUCAUGGACGACGAACAAGCUUAUAAUGCCAAGAAAGACAUGUAUCGCUUCUUGUUUUCCGGCAAGAACCUCCAGUGGCCACCAGGCUCGGGCGAAGUCAUUACCACUCAGUCAGAUGGGAGUCCUGAGCCACCGUUUCCGUAUCUACAACUAGUCUUGGAGUUUGAUGCUGCAAGUUUCAUGAGUAUGCUCAACGAGGCAUUCGAAGAUAGCUUCUUGAACGGUGAAGAGGCCGCGGUGAAUGGGACGCAAGUCAACGGCGCCUCACAUGGAUCUGCACUCACACCGACACGACAGUCCAUCAUCAACUACCUCUUUGGCAUCAUGAACACUGACAACUUUGAACCGGAAGAUAUCAUUUACUUUUACAUGUUUGUAGCGCGGAACUUGCCCAAGUACCCGCAGCACAUCAUGCUUCCCGGAACUUCGUUGCACCAAAUCCUGAUAGGACUCUGCAACUAUCCCACAGAAGCCAUCAAGGAAGACUGUCAGCUCUCUGUUGAGUACCUCCUCUCCAUAUACCAUCCACCGAACCCACAAAAUCUCGUCCCGAUGUUUGAGAAAGCUGGAUUCCAUCGCGUGCUCAAGGCUGUUUAUCGGGGCGCACAUCAAUACGCUAGACUCCUUGAGACGUAUCUGGACGACGAAGAUGAUGAGGAUGCAGUGUUUGAGUGUAUUGCUCAGAUACUACGGCCUAGCCAAGGUCUUAUCAAGAAGCAGGUUAAUGAGGUCAAGGUAGUCAUUGUCAACAGAGCUCGCGACAUUGCCGCGGUGGACGCUUCGCAAACUGCCAAAACACUCAAGCAACAUGCGCCAGACCUCCUAAAGCCAGUCUUGGAUGCUAUACAGGAUGACGCUGAUGCUCAAUAUCACUACCUGGAGGCUCUCAUCGAACCAGAGCAAGCCCAGUCUGACGCGACGACACCCAUCGACGAGAGCCUCCCGCCUGGUUUCAUCGAAAGAUAUGUACAACUUAUGUGCACCUACAACAGCGCACAUGUAGCCGAUUUCGUCAGCCUGCUGAAGUCCGGUGACCUUCGGUUAGACCCCGUGUUGCCAGCGCUGGAGAAGAGCGGUGUCGUGGACGCAGCUGUUAUACUCAUGGCCCGCGAUGGACUCGUGCAAGGCGCCAUGGAUCGCUUGGUGAAGCAUUUGGGCACACUUGAGACUGCUCUGACUGGCCUCAUUGGCGCUGCAGCGGAAACACCCGACGUGCGCAACACGGAGGAAGCGGUUCACGAUCUUCUUGAAGACAUAGAAAAGUACAUCAAGGUGGGCAUAUGGUUAUGCCAAGGGCAGACACGCUCAAGAGAACGCGUACCAGAAUCGACAAUCGACAGGCGGAAGUCGGCCUAUGGUGAAGUCCGAGAGGAAGAUCUCGCGCUAGACGAGCUGCUCUGGCUUGAACUCGUCGACACAUCCGUGCGCCUUAUCAGAGAUACAUCGAGCGCCGUAGCCGCCCACGACAGCCUCGUCUCAUCCUCGAACAUCAACCAGGCCGACACCGUAGACACAGCACGCAUCGUAUCCAGCCUCCGAUCCUCAAUCCAACAGACCUUCUCCGCCCUCCUCACAUCCACCACCAUCCCCCCAACAAAAAAACCAACCCACCACCGCACCUCGACGUCCGACAACCCCACCGCCGCCCUCCCACCUCUCCGCCACCCACAACAGCAACCACACUCCAACCCCUCCUUCCUGCGCAUCCUCCGCUGUUUCCUAACCCGCGCCACACACACCUACUCACCCUCGCUCUCAGACCUCCGCUCCGUCCUCUCCGAAAUCUUCGCCGCCUACACAUUCGAAGAAACCAUUCUCAGCCUCGCCAACCGCUUCCUCGACAAGGAGUCCUUCGCCCACGUCCACGACAUCACAGAGUUGCGCAAGCGCGGGUGGCGGCCCCGCGGCCAGGUUUGCGAGGCGUGUAAGAAGAGGGCGUGGGGACCAGGUGCUGGCGCAGGCGUGUGGGAGACGUGGGAAAAACGCGAGGAGGGGCGUAGGAAGAGUAGGGAGGAUGGUGCGGGUGAUGAGGCUGUUGGUGGGAAGUGGAAGGGGAAGAGGCCUAGUCAGGCGGAUGUUUUGGAGGAUGGCAAGGUGGAGGAGUUGAGGGGGGAGGCGCUAGUGUUGUUUGCUUGUAGGCAUUUGUGGCAUAGACGGUGUUUGGAGGAGAGGCUUGGUGGUGGUGAUGGGGCGGGAGCGAGCGGUGACAGGGAUUGUUGGGAUUUUCGAUGGUACCCUUCGUCGAUCAUGACCUUGGUACCCAUCUUUGGUGGACCAAAUUGA